UAAGAUUAACCUGAACUAAGGGCUAUCAGAGCUGUCACUGUUUGGCUAAUUGCUCUGUCAUUGUUGCUUUAUUUUUUCAGUUUUUUUUUUUUUUUGGUUUUCGGGUUCAUCAGUACUCAAAUGAUGGCAGUUUGUUGCCACUAUCAUGUGGGUUACAACACCUACUACAAACAAUGGGAGCAAUCAGUGGUUUCUCUUUAUCAGCUUAUUUGUUCAGUGUUGAAAAUGAGGGUAUAGUGGGCAGGUUUGUACAUUGGAAUGUAAAGUAUUAUUUAUUCCUGCAGGAAAUCGUGCCAGUCUGAAAGGGAAAUGUAUUCCUCUGGGUUUUCUUUUCUUGUUCCUCAGUCUAUGACAUUUUGCAUGUCUUCACUUUUGUUCGACUGAUAUUCGAAUGCUCUUAGUGUUUGCUCGGUUCUUGUCAUUAUCCUGCUAAGAAAACACUUGAUGUUAUGUUGAUUACUUCCAAACCACCUAUCCCUAAAAUCAAAUUGAAUGCACACUUUGUUCCCCCAAAAAUUACGUUUAUAUUGAUGUGCACUUUUUUUUCUUCUUCUUCUUUGGUCUUUUGUUGUUUUGUUGGCAGUUAAUGAUACAUUCAAUGGAGCUUUAGGCAGAACGAAAGUUCAAGUAAGCUGCUGUAGUUUAGCAAUUCAAACUACCCUGGCUGUCUGGAAAUGUUACUAGUGGAACACAUCUUAGUUCUAGGUACUGAAUGGAAUUCACUGCUACACCUAAGAAGCACAUUGCCUAAUGUUACAAAAGGACAAUCAAAUCAAACCCUUUGACUUAAAAGUUUUUAUUAUUUAGGGUUCAGGGUAUGCAGUCUUGAAAGAAUGAAGCGUGUUUGUUGUUUACCUCGCUAAAACGUCUAGCUUCAUAAAAUUUAACCAUUCAUUUAGGUUGAUAAAAUAAUUUCUAACGGUUGGCAGAGCUUUGCCAACAGACUUCUACUGUACUGAUUUUAGAAGUUAGGAUACGCAGAUGAUAUAUACUUGACCUUUAUAUCAUCGGGAAUAGAACUUAUAAGCUCUCAGAAGUUCUCGUAUCUUCUUCCGUUAUAACCUAGGUGAACAGGGUGAAAGGUUAAGAAGCUUCUGCUAUUCUUUGUCGUGUUUAUUACGUGGACUGUAAAAUCUCAGUAAAGUGUCUUUGAGGGAUAGCGUAGGAAAGGGCUACACUUGUAAGGAAAAAUCAUCUGCUCUGUUCAUGUUCUAACCACUGAAGUUCACUUUUAAUGAACGACUUGGCUCAACAGGCAGUAGGAGCAAAAAAAAUUGUAUAAAAGUGCCAAAUUCCUAUUUCUUCUCAGAGGCCUUUGUAUUUGUUGUCUUCAAUUUUUGAGCCCCUUUUACUUGGAAUACAGAGCUGCAUGAUGUAUACAGUGAUAUACAUUCAGAGUUAAGUCUGUAUAUCCAAGGGUAUUGUUUCUGUAACAGUAUCAUAAGUACACUGUUUACAUUUGUUACAGAUGAUUUCUCUCCUCGGAUUAUUACAACAAAGAAUUCUGUGCCAGUUUUAAUGUAAGUUGCUUUAUUUAAACACAGAACUAUGCAUUGGUAGUUGUAGGCUCUUUCUAAAGUAGUAGGGACGCCAGUACUUUUUAGGGUGCUCCUGAGAAAUGAACAACCAAAAAGUGCUGCAGAUGACAUUGUUUGUCCCCAACCUCAGCGUAUCAGGUGGUUUGGAUGCAGAAGACAUGUUUUAAUGAUUUAUUUAAAAAAAAAAAAAGCCAGCUGAAAAGAUACUUUUACUACUGCUACUUUUUGAAAAUAUUCUUUUCUUUUUGCACGACAGCUGUAAAUCAAUAACGCCAUCUGAACGAGUGAGUUGAAGUGUGUGUCCAUCAGCUCCCACUAUACAGUGUAAUGUUGAUGCAUGUCAACUGUCAUAACAAAACCUAUAUUGGGUUAAAAGAAUGGAUCAAUUUAGGCUCUAAAUUCCUUUACUUAAUAUUUCUUUUCCUCAUUUUGAGCCUAUAUUUAAGAAUACAUGCAGUAUAUUUGUACAGAAAAUAUCUAAUUUUGCAUCUGUGGUGGUCUAGACUUUGAUGGCACUCCUGCAUGAUAGCAAUAAACUAUUUUGAAUGAAAGAAGCAGAUUUUAAUUGAAUGUCUUUUUCCUUUUAGGUGCAAAACUGCAAUGAAUAUGUGAAACUUGUGAUAUAAAAUUAGAUCCUGGGCUGCAGAUAAAUGUAUAUCAAGUGUUUGAAUUCAGGCCUCCUCUGUCCACACUUCAUGUGUAGUAAUCGGGCGGAGCUGUGAGCUGUAAAAUGUGUUGUUAAAUAUUUACCUGGGAUUCAGUGUAGCUGAGGUGGAACAGGAUUUGAUCCGGAUCUGGAGGAUCUUUGUUCCGCUGCGUGCAGCUUGAGCACGUUUUAAUAAAAACGGCAGAACAUGGAUUUCCAUACUUCGUACAAAUAUAUCUGCCAGUUGUUCCUCAGCGUGCAGGUUGUUUGGUGUUUAGAUGAGGUGACGCUCCUGAAUCCUCCAGAUGAGACUCUGCCAGACCAUCUACUGAAAGUCCUCUACUCUUGCGAUGGACCUGCUACAGUACAGCUGGACUGUGUUGUAUCUUUUGAAACGGGCAUGGUUUCCACUUUCCUCCUUAGAGAGUGGAGCUGUGACCCAAGUGACCCUGUAAUCAGGACUGUUAAGCUGAAUCUGCCAGAUUGGUUGGUGUACCAAGCAGAUGGCAUCAUUCCAGACUCUGAUUGGGUGCUGAGUUGUAUCCUUCGAGCUUCAGUCAGAUACAGUGGUUUGAACGAUGCUACAGUAUUUACUGCCGCUCAGGAUGUGGCAGCUUUGCAGUGUACGCCUCUCUUUAGUCGCCCCUUCAAAUCACAUCAGCUUUGUUUUGCCUGGAGUCGACAAAUGUUACAAUUAACUCAACAUUUUUGGAAAAGACAGUGUCCUUUUGAGCAAGGUAAGGUUGGAGGAGAGAACCUCAAAACUGCACAUGACAAAGUAAAGUUGGAGGUUUUAUUUUGUCAGUCUUCACAUCUUUCAGAAACAGUACACUUGCUGUCCACAAUUUAUGCCUCAACUGGAGAAAGUUUUGGUAUCACAAAAGUGCUGGAGCCCUACAGGAAUGGACUUCUGGAGUUCUUACGCCUCAAAGCCAUCCCUUUUCCAUGGUGUACAAUUUCCAUUUGGAUAUUUGUGACCCGACAUUGUCAGGAGAGAAUGUGUGGUGUUUUUCAUCAUAUAGAUUCCCACAAUAAUUAUGUCACGCCAUCACUUUUCCUCAAAAGUUCAGGUCAGCUUCACAUCCAGAUAAGUGGGGAGGCAGAGGAGUCGUCUGCGUUUCUCUCUACGUUCACGGUGCCUUUAAAAGAGUGGUGCCAACUCACGUUCACGUUACAAGGAAAAACGGCCACUGUUUCCAUGAUGUGUGUGAAUAAAAAGCAAAACGGAGUUGUUUUUACAGAACAUGUGUUACAUCAUACUGCCAUGUUUGAUGACACAGAGGGAUAUUUUGUGAUUGGUGGAGGGAAGUAUGUUCAAGGUGUGGAAGGUUAUUUUGGACCAGUGGUAUACCAUCGCAACAAAGCAUCACCUGACAGCAUGCCUGAAGUUAUUCCAGAUGUUAUUGAAAAGGUGAACCUGAAUGGAUGGCUUCACAAGUGUCAGGAGUUUGUUUCCGAGCUGACAGACAAGAUCAGUGGCUUUUCACUGCAGGCAAAACAAGGACCAGAGUCUGAGGUAUGUUUUGGUGUUUUCCAUGAAUGGAUUGUAAAUGAGAGAUCAUCGUAUUCACAGUGCGAGCAAUGGGAGGAGACGGCCCCUGUCAGAAAACUAGCUGUUAAGCUGGCCAAGUUACUGGUUUUCAAAAACGGAGGACGAGCGGUGAAUGUGACAGCUGUGGGCAGAGCUCUGUUCUCCUUCUCACUUCAUCAACUGAGCAGAGCGGUGAACAGUGCAGUGCUCAGCAAAAUAUUACCACUGCUGCUCCAAGCUGGCUGCCUGGCUGACGACCGAGCUCUGCACGUGGCAUCUGUGCUCUACAGCUCUGGCCUGGGAGUCCAUAAGCAGCCAGUUAAGGCUUUACUCUUUGCCCUGCUGGCUGCUCAGAAGGACAAUCGGUUGGCACUUCUCCAUCUUGGGCACUUGCAUCACCAGGGUGUGGAUGGUUUCCCCACAGACCAUGAUCUGGCCUAUGCAUAUUAUGCAAAUAUUGCCCAACAGACAAUUGUAGACCGUCAGAAUCCCACACCGCAGCAGACGUUUGUAGAGGCUGUGUAUUUGACCGAUGAUGAGACCCUAAAGCUGCAGACAAAGGAAGAUCAUCACAUCUUCCAGUGGCUAACGCUACAGGCAAAGAGGGGAGCAGCUGAGGCUCAGCAUACCAUUGCCCGGAUGCUGUUCUGGGGUCAACAAGGAUUGUCUCCAAACAUCCAGGAGGCUGUGAAGCACUACAGAAGAGGAGCCAUGCAGCUGGAAGACCCAGUAUCAAUGUACGACUAUGGAAUAAUACUUCUGCAGGGACAUGGUGUUGAGAAGGACGUUCAGAAAGGUGUUACAUUCUUGAAGAAAGCAAUGGAGCAGGGUUUUGCUCCUGCAUUCAAUGCCCUGGCCUGGUAUUAUGAGCAGUAUGAGCACAACUACGAGAAAGCGGUGCAGCUGUGGGAACAGGCGGAUCUCCUCGAGUCGCCUGACGCCGCUUUGAAUCUUGGUGCCAUUUACUCUCAGGGUCUGUACCCUGGAAAGCCUGCCAAUCAGUAUGUGGCGUACAGUUAUUACUGGAAGUCUGCAAACAGAGGGCACAUCCGAGGGGGGAUUCUACUCGCCAGCAUCUGGACCACGGGGAUACCCGGCUUUGUUGAGAGACGCCCAUCGGACGCUGUUUUGUGGGUUAAGUGGGCUGCUGAGCACAAUGGAUAUUUGGGCAGCAUCUUACACAAAGCACUGGAUUCUUAUCUCAAGGGUGACUUACUCAGUUCACUGUUAUUUUACGUGAUGGCGGCUGAAUCGGGGUAUGCACCUGCACAGUUCAAUGCUGCAUAUCUCUGUGAGCAAAAUACAGGACGUUUUCUGGAUCCUGCUGAUGCAGCAGACUGUGAGAGCAGAUAUUACAACCUCACAAUCCAAAGUCCAAACCCUGAAACUUAUGCCUUUAUUAGGAUGGGUGACCUGCUGUAUGACGGCAAACAGAAAGAUUUGUUUUCUGCAGCACAGAUGUACAAACUGGCAGCAUUAAGGAAUAAUCCACAGGGAUGGUACAACCUCGGCCUGCUAGUUGAAGAGGGCCACAAGCUGCCACUUCCUGUACUGAUCGAACUCGGCCUGUCAGAUUUGUACUUUGCGGACAAGAAUGUGCUUCUCAGUUCUUUGUACAAAAAAUGCAGAGACUCAGACGACGCAGAUUCAUACCUGCCUUGUAGCCUCGCUCUUUUUAAUGUGUUCCUUCAGUCGUUUCACAAAGACUAUGCUGCUGCUAUUAAGCUCGUCACUGCUGUUGCCGUGGUUGCAGCUCCCACAAUGUGUGUAAUUGUCCUUGGUGUGUUCAGGAGACGCAGUAACAACCGAGACUCUUGACUCAAGUUCACCAACAAAAAAAGGUUUCAUUAUAACAUCAUAGUUAAUGUAUUAGCUACUCUGGGAUCAUCAUAAAUUACAAAUUUGACUCUUUAAAUUAAAUAUUGUCUAAAAUGUCUAUAUAACACAGGUUCUUUGACAUGUCUGAUAAAUGAAUGCUCUCAUUUUAAAAACUUCUCUCCUCAGGAAGGAAUAAAGAGAAAGAAAACAUGUGAUUUAUUUCAGCCAGGCCUCCCAGUUGUUGACGACACUCGACAUGAUUUUUGCUCAUUUUAUCUUGUUUAGAAAAAAAGGGAGUGCCACUUCUUUGUCUUUUAUUUCAAACUUUGCACGUUUAGACUACCAAAGAUGCCAUCUAAAGAGGAAACGUAGGAUGAAACACAAUAUUUUUCACUCACUGCCUUUUUUUCCUCUUUUUAUGUGCAGAUUAUUUAAGAAAAAACACACAAAAUGAGCUGAAAUACAACAUUUUUUGAGGUAAAAUGGAUGUAAAAGAUCUAAAAUGAAGCUAAUUGAAACAGCGUGUGCAGCUCUUCAUAGUCUAGACUCUACAUUAUUUAUUCAUUUUGUUUGUUUUUCUGAUUCUUCUUUUUAUAUUCCCCUUGGCUUUCUCUCUCUGUGUUAAAAACUCCCACUUGUGCAGGAAAAAAACAAGAAAAAAAAAAAGCACAUUGAUAUUUUUAUCAAAAACAAUGAGAAAAACCUGAUGCAAACUGAAAAUGAAACAUCUGAAGGUCCUACAGCAGAAACACCACACAGACGAACAGAGUGCAGGCUGAAGUGUUUGUAUCUGUGUGUUGGAUUUAAUGUCCAAUAAUCUUGUUUUAAAUUGAGCUCUAUGUUAGUAAAACAAAGAGCCUUCUCUUUCAGUGUUAAAACGUGAAAAAACUAUGAUUUUUUUUGUCAAAUAAUUUAUGAAAGGAUUCAUUUUAGUUUAUAAUAUUAAUUGCACCAGUUCAUUUGCAUUUUCUAUUUUAAAGUGCGCUAUGAUAAAGUGACAGUUUUUAUUGUGACAUACUGGUUUUAUCAUUAGUAGACAUCACACUGUGAACAUUACAGUGUUUAAUUAUUAUAGUUUUGUCUUGGUUAAAGUUGGAAUGGACAGAUGGACACGAGGAGCUUAACAAUACCAAAUAUUAAAUAUAUAAAACAGAUCUUGACAUUAAUAGCAGUCAGUAUGAAAUUAUAUUGUGUUAUAGCAGAGAACCAUGUAUUUACAGAUUGAUAUGAUGUAAUGGCUCCUCAUCAAGCAUACUGCAAGUCUGCCUGAUGUUGUUUUUCUAAUUAGGUUUGCAACAAAUUGUUUUUAUUUAUGUGUCUAAUUAUGAAAUGGUGCCAAAUAGUUAAUCUUUUUUUCCCCUUGGUGUCAAAAUGUCAAGUAGAGAAACAUGCUGGACUAUUGAUUUCCUUCUUUCAAGCUUCUGUGGAUGUCGAGGUGAAAGAAUGCACUUAGUAUACCAUGUAAAUGAGAUACUAAAGUAGUUUUGCCAUAUUCUACUUUAACUACUGUCUUAAUGAACAGAGCAUUAGCCAUAAACCUACAGUUGUGUAUGUGCACACAGUUUUAGAUUAAAGAUAAAUGCUGUUUUUGCUGUUGA